UGCAUUGUGGGUCUUUCCCAAGAUGGCGGCGCCCUUGCUGAAGUGCUGAAGAAGUGUCUUUGGAGAAAUACUUGGAAUUGUUUGUCAAUUUCACGGCAACUAGCUUACGACAUUUUCCUCGUCGACACACGUUUGUGUCAGAAGACCACACGACAAGCGUCAUUGACAGCUCGAGCCUGACAGCGCGUGGCGUGGUUGUGGCAGAGUGUCCGUGUGAAGAUGGGCCUCGUCUCGAGCACCUUCCCAUAGCAAAGAGCAGCCGUGGGGAGAGAACCCGCAGAUUUCCCUGCAAACACAUACCGGUCGAACUUGGACCUGUCGGGUUCGACAUUGUUUACAAAUUGUGGACGCUACCGUACAAUUUUCUUUCAAGAAUUGUCUGUGCGACCGCGUCUAUAAUAGUCAGGAGACGGAGAGGUUUCCCACCCUGUAUCGAAGAGUAUUCUACCGCGCCAAGGGCCCUGAUGAAAAUGGACUCGGAACUGCUGCUCUCGCCGGCCAUAUUCCUGGCUGAGGAGGAAGAGGCGGACAUGAGCGACUGGAACCUGCCGCUGGCCUUCAUGAAGAAACGCCACUCAGAGAAGAUCGAGGGCUCCAAGGCCCUGGCCCAGAGCUGGAGGAUGAAGGACAGGAUGAAGACAGUGAGUGUGGCCCUGGUGUUGUGUCUCAACGUGGGCGUGGACCCUCCUGACGUGGUCAAGACGUCACCCUGCGCCAGACUGGAGUGCUGGAUCGACCCUCUGUCCAUGAGUCCACAGAAAGCCCUGGAGACCAUCGGGGCCAACCUGCAGAAGCAGUAUGAGAACUGGCAACCCAGGGCACGUUACAAGCAGAGUCUGGACCCCACAGUAGACGAGGUGAAGAAGCUGUGUACGUCCCUGAGACGCAAUGCCAAGGAGGAGCGUGUUCUCUUCCACUACAAUGGACACGGGGUCCCCCGACCCACCGUCAACGGAGAGAUCUGGGUCUUCAACAAGAACUACACCCAGUACAUCCCUCUGUCUGUGUACGACCUCCAGACGUGGAUGGGCAGCCCCUCCAUCUUCGUCUACGACUGCUCCAACGCAGGCAUCAUCGUCAAGUCUUUCAAACAGUUCGCCCUGCAGAGAGAGCAGGAGCUGGAGGUGGCAGCCAUUAACCCCAACCACCCCCUGGCCCAGAUGCCUCUGCCCCCCUCCAUGAAGAACUGUAUCCAGCUGGCCGCCUGCGAGGCCUCAGAGCUACUGCCCAUGAACCCUGACCUCCCCGCUGACCUCUUCACCUCUUGCCUCACCACGCCCAUCAAGAUCGCCCUGCGCUGGUUUUGCAUGCAGAAAAGUGCCAAGCUGGUGCCAGGAGUGACGUUGGACCUCAUUGAGAAGAUACCUGGGAGAUUGAAUGACAGACGCACCCCUCUGGGAGAGCUCAACUGGAUCUUCACUGCUAUCACUGACACUAUCGCCUGGAACGUGCUGCCCAGAGAUCUGUUCCAGAAGCUCUUUCGUCAGGACCUGUUGGUGGCCAGUUUAUUCCGCAACUUCUUGUUGGCCGAGAGGAUAAUGAGGUCAUACAACUGCACCCCUGUCAGCAGUCCGCGCCUGCCGCCUACGUACAUGCACGCCAUGUGGCAGGCAUGGGACCUGGCUGUGGACAUCUGUCUCUCUCAGCUGCCCACCAUCAUUGAGGAGGGCACCGCCUUCAGGCACAGUCCGUUCUUUGCAGAGCAGCUGACAGCGUUCCAGGUGUGGCUGACCAUGGGAGUGGAGAACAGGAACCCCCCCGAACAGCUCCCCAUCGUGCUGCAGGUCCUCUUGAGUCAGGUUCACAGGCUAAGAGCGCUGGACCUGCUCGGCCGCUUCCUGGACCUGGGGCCCUGGGCCGUCAGUCUGGCCCUCUCAGUAGGCAUCUUCCCCUACGUGUUGAAGCUGCUACAGAGCUCUGCGCGGGAGCUCCGACCCCUACUGGUCUUCAUCUGGGCUAAGAUCCUGGCUGUGGACAGCUCAUGUCAGGCAGACCUGGUGAAGGACAACGGGCACAAGUACUUCCUGUCUGUCCUGGCCGACCCCUACAUGCCUGCUGAGCACCGCACCAUGGCUGUCUUUAUCCUGGCUGUGAUUGUCAACAGCUACACCACAGGCCAGGAGGCCUGUCUGCAGGGGAACCUGAUAGCCAUCUGCCUGGAGCAGCUCUCUGACCCUCAUCCCCUGCUCCGUCAGUGGGUGGCCGUCUGCCUGGGGCGCAUCUGGCAGAACUUUGACUCGGCCCGCUGGUGUGGUGUCAGGGACAGUGCCCACGAGAAGCUCUACAGCCUGCUGUCCGACCCCAUACCUGAGGUGCGCUGUGCGGCGGUCUUUGCCCUGGGGACGUUUGUGGGGAACUCAGCCGAGCGAACGGACCACUCUACGACCAUCGACCACAACGUGGCCAUGAUGCUGGCACAGCUCAUCAACGACGGCAGCCCUGUGGUCCGCAAGGAGCUGGUGGUGGCUCUGAGUCACCUGGUGGUUCAGUACGAGAGUAACUUCUGCACCGUGGCCCUGCAGUUCAUGGAGGAGGAGAAGAACUACGCUGUACCCUCAACUGCCAACACCUUAGAGCCCGGUAACCUGACUCCAGUGCGCGACAGCCCCGCCAUCCCUCGGCUGCGUUCAGUCAACUCCUACACCAACAUCCGAGCUGCCACCACCGCACGCAACCUCAACAAGAGCCUGCAGAACCUCAAUCUCAACGAGGAGGGUGGUCCGGUGGCGUUCUCUCCAGGUAACUUGAGCACCAGCAGCAGUGCCAGCAGCACCCUGGGUAGCCCUGACAACGAUGAGUACAUCCUCUCCUUUGAGACCAUCGACAAGAUGAGACGAGUCUCCUCCUACUCCUCCCUCAACUCCCUCAUAGGGGUGUCGUUCAACAGCGUUUACACACAGAUCUGGAGGGUUCUCCUGCACCUGGCGGCCGACCCGUUCCCAGAGGUGUCCGACCUGGCCAUGAAGGUCCUCAACAGCAUCGCCUACAAGGCCACUAUGAACGCUCGGCCCCAGAGGAUCCUGGACUCUGGCUCUCUCACCCAGUCGGCCCCCGCCAGCCCCACCAGCAAGGGGGCACACAUCCACCAGGCAGGUGGUUCUCCCCCCAUGCCCAGUGCCAGCAGCUCCAGUCUGACCAACGAGGUGCCCAAACCCCCGACACGUGGUGGAGAACAGCCCCCACGCGACCCCCUACACCCCCACGCUGGGCGGACAGGCCCCCACUCCCACCAGUUCCCCCGCACGCGCAAGAUGUUCGACAAGGGGCCCUCCGGCUCUGAACAGGCCGGGGAUGAUGCAGAUGACCCAGGAGGUCACAAGGCCUACAUGAAUGCCAACCUGUCUACAGGGCUGUGUGACUGGAGCGCCAAGUACUUUGCUCAGCCUGUUAUGAAGAUUCCAGAGGAGCAUGAUGUGGAGAGUCAGGUGAGGAAAGAGAGGGAGUGGAGGUUCCUGAGGAACGCCCGCGUUCGAAAACAGAGCCAACGCAUCACGCAGAGAGGCGUGACGCGUCUGGACGACCAGAUCUUCAUCAACCGUAACCCUGGCGUUCCCUCCGUGGUCAAGUUCCACCCCUUCAACCCCUGCAUCGCCGUGGCAGACAAAGACAGCAUCUGUUUCUGGGACUGGGAGAAGGCGGAGAGGUUGGACUAUUUCUACAACGGGAACCCUCGCUACACCCGCAUCACAGCUAUGGAGUACCUCAACGGACACGACUACUCCCUGCUGCUCACUGCUACAGAUGAUGGGGCGUUGCGUAUCUGGAAGAACUUUGCGGACCAGCGGAACCCCGAGAUGGUGACGGCGUGGCAGGGCCUGUCCGACAUGCUCCCCACCACCCGAGGUGCAGGCAUGGUGGUGGACUGGGAGCAGGAGACGGGGCUGCUGAUGACUUCUGGAGACGUGAGGGUCAUCAGGAUCUGGGACACGGAGAGGGAGAUGAAGGUCCAGGACAUCCCAACGGGGGCAGACAGCUGUGUGACUAGCCUAUCAUGUGACUCACAGCGGUCCCUCAUCGCGGCGGGGCUGGGCGACGGCUCGGUCCGCCUCUAUGACAGGAGGAUGGGCGCCAACGAGUGUCGUGUGAUGACGUACCGGGAACACUCGUCCUGGGUGGUCAAGGCCCACCUGCAGAAGCAGACGGACGGCAAAGUCAUUAGUGUCAGUGUCGAUGGAGACGUGCGGUUCUUCGAGCUGCGGUCGCCGGACUCGGUGAACGUGCUGCAGACGGUGAAGGGGUUAACGGCGCUGGACAUCCAUCCGCAGGCCAACCUGUUCGCCUGUGGAUCGAUGAACCAGUUCAUAGCCGUGUACAACUCCAACGGUGACGUGAUCAGCAACAUCAAGUAUUAUGACGGUUUCAUGGGCCAAAGGAUCGGGGCCAUCAGCUGUUUGGCCUUCCAUCCCCACUGGCCCCACCUGGCGGUGGGCAGCAACGACUACUACAUGUCCAUCUACUCAGCGGAGAAGAGGCUCAGAUAACCCCCCCCCCAACUUGAACUUUACCUUUGACCCCUGACCUCUCUCCCCUCGGAGCCAGGAUGUAAAUGACUUCUAAUGUACAUAUGCAAUUGUUACCACCCCUGAAUGUCCUAUAGUGAUGGCUGCUGACAAACUCAUGUUAUGAUGUUGACUUAUAUUAUUAUUCUUGAUCGUUUUAUUCAAAUUCUUUAUUAUGAAGCUAUUGAUUGUAGACUUGGCAGUGCUGAGGAGCGUGUAUACAGAGAUGAAUAAUAGGUCUAUUUUAAAGGUUCCAGCCUUGGCUGGGGGGGAGACGGGCGGUGUCGCUACCUGAAUGACCUCUACGUUUACCUUUCUAUGACCUUUAUGCAUCGGGGUCAAGAGGUUAUCGAGAGAUAGACAAUACCCUCUCUCACACACGACUCUGGGUCUGAAGGCCGGGCUCACGGACACCCGCACGACCCUUAUUGAAGCCCCCCCCCCCCGCUGUAGCCAGUAGACUUGCUCUCGCUGUUCGCUCACAAGAUGGCGGACUACGGGGCGCUUCUGGUGUGUGAGAAAGUGAAAUGUAGAACAGAGCACAGAUGAGCCCAAAGUUGGCCCACUGCCUUGGACACAAACCGAUGCCCAUACAGAUGUCCACUACCAUGCUAUACUGUAGGACUAACCAGACCUCCUUGCAUCCCUGUGCCCUCGCCCAAUUGUUCUAAACUCACCAACCUUUGCCAUUCAUCUCCAUUGUCCUAUGCCCAAAGGCUUACCCCAUGUCCUUAGUGCAAUGGGUGACUACUGCUCAGCUCUAAUCCCAAGACUGAUGCUACCUGUCUGCCCUACCUGCAAAGCAAUAAUGAAUUCGCUUGGAGCUCUCUACAGCCUCCAAGCUUCUGCUGCUCCAGACCCCCUGUCCCCCCCACUCAUCGGCUGAACCAUACCCGCCUGUGUAGCUCAGUUGGUAGAGCAUGGCGCUUGUAACGCCAGGGUAGUGGGUUCGAUCCCCGGGACCACCCAUACGUAGAAUGUAUGCACACAUGACUGUAAGUCGCUUUGGAUAAAAGCGUCUGCUAAAUGGCAUAUUAUAUUAUUAUUAUUAUAAGCCCCAGCACUGGGAGACAUGGAGCAGUUUGCUGGGGUCCUGAAGUAUCGAUUCCAGAGUCCUGGCUGAGGCCCGCUUGGCCCAUGCCCAUCCCCAGUCUUUCCUACAGACCCCAGCCAGAAGCACUCCCAGGCUGGACAAGAAGAAACACAGCGCCCACUGCAUCCCCGGGGGGCGGGGUUCUGCUGCUACUUUUCUGCAUCCUCGCACACAGGCUUAUGAGGACUGUAUGAACUGUGUAUGGCCUGUCCCCAGAACCACACACACCAGCCCUAGGCAGCCCUUUCCCCUUUGUGCCAACCUUCCACCUGCUAUCCGCUACACAUUUUGGAGAAAAGUCUGGCAAUUUUCUUCUAUCUUUGUUUUUUUUUCUUUUAACCUUGAUUUUAUUUGCCAGCCGUGUUUGGUUUCUUUUAGCGGAAAGGGAGUUUCAAGAAGAUUGGGAUAGAGAAGUUGGGUCAAAAAACAGGAGUGACUUCAGACCUUUGUGUAAUACAGUGAACUGGUAAAUACACAGUAACGCUCCAUCGCACUUCUUCAGUUCAGUGUCUUUGUUGUCAAAAGCCACAGCUCUCCUGUCAACCUCCAACGCUAGCUCAGGUACCUCAUGAGCCACGAUGUACCACAUAGUACCGCGCCGUCUCUGCGUGGUAGACUCACAGAGGUCUGACGUUACUCUUGAUAUGACGAACUUAGAUGGUCAAAAUCAGUUCAGUGACUCCGGAGGUGCCUUUUAACAAGGGUCAACACUCGCUUCAAGUGCGGUAUCGCCAUUAAUGUGCCUCUAUUAGGGGUCGCUUUUUGGGUUUGCUCUGUAUUACCUUCCUGUAUUCUUUGAUUUUUUGUUGGGGUUUUUUUCCCACUUUUUUUUAUUUUAUAUUUUUUUAAUUUGCUGGUGUUUGUUUGCCUUGGACCUCAGUGGGAUGGUAAGAUGGGAGAGGGCUGUUUCUCCCCCUUUCACAGACGCUCUCGCCCACACGGUGUCUCUCCUCGUACAGUACUCCCGUCUGGACUCUCCCCACACCUUUUUGCCUCUAAAGUCCUCAGCUUGGCUAUCACCCUAGAAAGGAAUGGACAAUAAUGCUUUGCCUGUGGACUGAACCGGUCUCGGUAACCGGUAACACAUGCCAUGCAUUCAGUAUAAGCGGCUGCGCACUCUGUCAUAACCAAGCCUCACUACGCUCAGUAGCUCCCCCUGUAGGGUACGGAAGAGGUACUGCAGCCUUCACUGCUAUCACUGACACCUUCAGCAAAAAGCCCACAACGCUGUCUGUCAGCCAUGCUCAGAAUCACAUCUCUAGUUAUCCUGCUUUGAGUUUUAACAUUUUAGAUAUGGAAACAAAACUAAACUUUGAAGAUGUAGAAGGAGAAAUUAAAGCAAUCAGGUGUUUCUCUGUGACGGUAGACGGCUUUGCUGACUGGUUUAUAAGACGGGAGAUGAAGUCAGUCAAAUAAACCAAAUACACAACAACACUAGUUUUCCUGGUGAUUAUUUUAUUUUUAUUUUUUUUUGGUUUGUGUUUUCAUGUUUGUGUUAAUGUUCACGCUCUCGUUGUGAAGUUCUACAUGUAUUGUGUAAAACAAAUGUGUCUGCUAUUGCGUCACAAUAUUCAUGUCGUCAUUACCAUAUCGGUUGAUCUGGAAUGUUUUCUUUUUAAAUAAAUAUAACACUUUUAUCAGG